CGUGUCGUCCCGCUCGCCGCUCCUCGCUCGGGCAGCCGAGGCUCCCCACUACCCAGAAAAGGAGGGAGGAGGAAGCGCUUCACAAAGCCACAGCGCCUCGUUGCCUCCCCACUUUCCUUUUCUUCCCCUACUCCCCAUGGCGGCCCGCGAGGCCUCCGCCCCGGCUCCGGCUUCGCCCCACGCAGGCGACGGGCCGGGCCGCCCGCCGCGGCCCACGCUCGCCCUGCCCCCGCGCUCCGCCGUCGAGUCCCUCUUCGCCACCGGCGCCUCCUCCUCGGCCGGCGCCGCCGAGACCAGCCCCGGCCCGCUCACCCUCGCCGCCGCGCUCUUCCCCGACGCGUCCUCCCCGGCCUUCCACGGCUCCUUCACCCAGCUCCUCGUCGGCGCCAUAGGCUCCCCGGCCGUACCCUCGCCGCCCUCUCCGUUCGCCGUCCCGCCGGGGCUCAGCCCGGCCACGCUCUUCGGCUCACCGGGCCUAUUCUCUCCCACGGGGAGUUUUGAGAUGUCCCAUCAACAAGCCUUAGCACAAGUAACAGCACAAGCAGUUCAUUCUCAGUACAAUAUGAUAAAUCACACAGAUUACAGUAUUCCUUUUUCGUCGACAACAGCACCAGCUUUGAUCACAGCACAGCAUGCCAAUUCUUCUGCCAAUGUGGCAUCAGCACAGGAGAAACCAGCUCUGCCGUCACAUGCAGGUAAUAGCAACAUUGAAUCAAAUGAGGUUUCACAAGGACUCAAAACUUCUGCACCCACUUUUGAUAAACCUGCUGACGAUGGAUACAACUGGCGGAAGUAUGGCCAGAAGGCAGUUAAGGGUGGCGAGUAUCCAAGGAGUUACUACAAAUGUACCCACACGAGUUGUCCAGUUAAGAAAAAAGUGGAGCGCUCAGCAGAAGGACACAUCACUCAAAUAAUUUAUAGAGGUCAGCACAACCACCAGCGUCCACCAAAAAGGAGGUCCAAAGAUGGUGGUGGUCCACUAAAUGAAGCAGAUGUUCUUCAUGAGAAUGAAGACAUUUCAACUAGAUCAGAACCUGGCUCUCAAGAACACUCUGGAAAACAUGAAGGGUCAAAUGAUGGCAUAUUAGGGCCUUCUGUGUCAAGAAGGGGAGGAGGAGAUGAGCAAUUGUCAGGCUCAAGUGAUAGUGAUGAGGAACAAGAUGAUGAACAAAGGGCUGGCGACGAAGACCCUGGCUAUGCAAAUGCAAACAAAAGACAUGUGCCAACUCCAGCUCAAAGGAUAAUUGUGCAAACAAACAGCGAAGUUGAUCUUCUGGAUGAUGGCUAUCGGUGGCGCAAGUAUGGACAGAAAGUGGUAAAAGGGAAUCCCUACCCGAGGAGCUACUAUAGAUGCACGUACCAAGGAUGCGAUGUGAAGAAGCAUAUCGAAAGAUCAUCCCAAGACCCAAAGGCCGUCAUAACGACUUACGAAGGGAAGCACAGCCAUGAUGUUCCAGCAGUCAGGAACGGUAGCCAUGCUGCUGCCAACGCCAAUGGGUCAUCUUCCACCAGCUUACCAGUACCACACAGGGUCCACAGUUCAGCAUCCAGUAGUCGCAGAGCGGCAGAAUUACAAAGCGCAUCCUCAGCUUCUUCUAUGCUACUAAAAGAGGAAAACGAAAUAACAUAGGAGUUUUGGAGUGUGUAGCCAGGGUAAAUUAUAUCUGUUCUCUGAUCCAUUUCCUCCUAGGUGUGCUGCUUCACGCUCUGCGCCGCAGCAAAAAUUGGGCACUGCAAGCCCCCACCAUUGGUUUUAGUCAAGAGCGAGCUCUUUCGUUUGUGCCCUUCCAAAAGCUGCACACCCUGUUUGGCUGCGCGGUGUAUGUUAUGUUGUCAUUACCAUUUACGCCCAUUGGUUGUAAAUGCCAUCAGUCGUUCCCCCGGAGAACUAUAUGGAUGACAGCAUUCAUCGGCCCAAGUGUAUAUACUCGAUUUAAAAACCUUUUUUUUAACUGAGAUAUGGUUUGUUGUAGAUACACGGCUUCCUUCCUGGUCUUUGUAAAGUGUUAUUUCGACAGGAUAUAUAAAGCUAUAGUAGCUGAUGGCUGAUUUGCCGUUGGCCUCUGAGGCUGUGAGCUCACCUCCAGUUUUCCAGGUCUACUACUACCAUGGGUUAGUUGAAGCCAUUGAGCAGCAUGUAAUGUUAGAAUUGUUCCUUUUUAUGAUGUACUCUAUGUUCUCGAAUAUUUGUUGUCCAUUAGUUCAUUUUUAAACUAAACCGUAAUAAAUAAAAAAGAACGAAGUGAGUAUAAUUCUCAGCUAGGAAUUAAACCUAGUUAGGCGGGUGGAAGGUGUGGCGUGGGUCUGCUAUUGUACCGUACAAGUUUGAUGAUUUUUAUUUUUGAACUCCUCCA